UCCUAUGCUUGCGGAAUCCUUAGGGAAUUUGCCACCUAUUCUAUGCUUGGUGAUGAAAAAUUUCGAGACGAAACUACUCUAAUUAGUUAUAAAGCAGCAAGUCCGCGUGAAUAUCAACUACCUUCAUAUGCAACUAAAAAUUUUGAAAAGUCACCAUUUAAGAAUCCUACUAAAGUUAUACUUGAAGUUUAUGAUGAUAUGCCUCAUGCCUGGCAUGUGUUAUCGUUUUCCAAACCUUCUAAAAUAGCGUUUGAACGUUGUGGCGAUUUUAUAAAACGUGUUACUACUAUAGAAGAUAACAAUACUUCCAUAAUUGAUCUUGUUAAAGAAGAUGUAGUAUCUCCCUCUAUUUCUGUUUCCCCAUCAUUUAUUGCAAUGAGAGUUAGUACAAAUGGUGAGAUUCGAGAAUUGAAUGAGACUGAUCGAGAUUGUCUAAAAUGGGAUAAAUUGGCAUAG